AUGGACGAAGAGAGUGAGCCAAUUAUAAUCGAUAUCGGAUCAGGCACAUUGAAGGCAGGUUUCGCUAGUGAUGAUGCUCCCAAAUGCAUUAUUCCAAUGAUUAUUGGUAAACCUAAAGCUCCAGGUAUCUUGGUUGGAAUGGAUCAAAAAGAUUGUUAUGUGGGUCAUGAAGCCAGAGCUAAGAAAAAUCUACUGAUUAUGGAGGAACCAGUACAGAACGGAGUCAUCAUAAAUUUUGAGAGUAUUUAAAAAAUAUUUGAGCACCUUUUCAAUAACGAGUUAAGAGUUUCACCAGAGGAACAUAAGAUCAUGAUAACAGAACCACCCAAUAAUCCCAAAAAGAAUAGAGAGGCAAUCGUUGAUAUGAUGUUCCAAGAAUUCAAAGUACCCAAACUUUAUCUUGGAAAUUAAUCAGUACUUUCUUUAUUUGCUACUGGAAGAACAACUGGCACCGUUGUUGAUGCUGGUGAUGGUAUUACUCAUACAGUUCCAAUUUAUGAGGGAUAUGCUAUUCCUCAUGCUAUCUAAGAAAUUCCACUCUCUGGUAGAGAUUUGACAGAGUUUUUAUAUAAGAUUUUAAACCAGAAGGUACCACACUUGAUAGGAGACUCUACCAAUGACCUUGAAGUUGUAAAGCACAUUAAAGAAACUAUGUGUAUAGUAGCCUAAGAUUUCGAUGCUGAGAUGAAAGCUGCCUCAGAAUAACAAACUAUUGAAAGAAAAUAUAUGUUGCCGGGUGAAAAACCUCUAUAUUUGAAAGAAGAGAGACUGAGAUGCCCAGAAGUACUGUUCUAGCCAGGUUAAGCCCUGAAAGAACUAAACAAAGAUAUUGAAGGUAUCCACAAAUACACCUUUGAUUCUAUAAUGAAAUGCGAUAAUGACAUCAAGAAAGAUCUCUUCAAAAAUAUUGUAUUGGCUGGCGGUUGCACCAUGUUUGAGGGUAUGAAAGAAAGAAUGAAGAAGGAAAUUUAAGCUUUGGCCCCAUCACCUAUGGGUCCUGAAGUCGAUGCUCCAGCUGAUAGAAAAUAUUCAUGCUGGUUAGGAGGAGCAAUUCUAUCAUUAAUAGAGAAAUUCGAUCCGAUGUGGAUUUCUAGAAAGGACUACGAUGACAAUGGAGGUGCCAGUAUAGUUCAUAGAAAGUGUUUUUGA